AUCACGUCGAAAAAUUUUCUAUUUCUUCACACAAACGAGAGUAAAUUAGUUUUUAAAGAGGAAAUGGAAGCUAUUUUUCAUGAAAAGGUACUGAAUGUAUUGAUUUAGUCGACAUUUUUCUGUAAUGCAAGAAGGAUCUUUAUGUGCUCAGCAUUGUCUGAAUGCCCUUCUGCAGGGUCCUUAUUUCUCAGCAGUGGAUCUUGCAGAUAUAGCCCGACAGUUGGAUGAGACAGAGAGACAACAAAUGGCUGAAGCUGGUACAGAGACAGAAGGAUAUCAGCAUUUUAUAAAGCAACCAUCAAAUAAUUAUGACGACAGUGGAUUUUUCUCUGUGCAAGUGAUAGAUAAAGCAUUACGAGUGAUGGGACUGGAACUGGUGUCAUAUACAUCACAAAGACCAAUAGCACAACAAGCUCGGACAAAUCCAAUGCAGAUGAAAUCAUACAUAUGUAACUUUGGUGAACAUUGGCUGACAGUAAGGAAGAUAGGAAACCAGUGGUUUAACUUAAACUCUCUACUCACUGGCCCAGAACUUAUAUCAGAUACAUAUCUCAGCAUGUUCCUUACACAACUGCAACAAGAUGGUUACUCAAUAUUUAUUGUGAUGGGUGAGCUGUCAGAAUGUGAAGCUGAUCAGUUGCUCCGCCUCUGUCCUGCUGUACAGCCAAUCAAACCACAGUUGAUCACAGACAAUGCUCAGUCCAGGGCUGGGAAGGGCGGAGCUUCAGCAGGAGCCUCUGGUGGGGAGCAGGAUGCAGAGGUGGAGAAGGCUCUUGAUGAAAGCAAGAAAAUGAUAGAGUCAGAUGAUGUUUCUCUACAAAGAGCCCUGCAGAUGAGCAUGGAAGGUUAUAUAGAAGAGUCUGUAAGCAGAAUUGAAACAGCUUGUGCCACUGGUGAAACAAGUUCAGAGCAGUCCACUUCAUCAGGACAGAAUAUACCAAGUGUUGGACAGUCCACUUCUACAUCACAGAAUAUACCAAGCUCUAAUCUUGAGAAAUCUACACAAGGGGAGAGCACUCCAGGUUAUAAGCUAGGUGGCACCACAAGUCAGUCACAUGAUGAAGAAGAAGGAGAAAAGCUAGAUGCAGAUGAAAUGAGACAAAAAAGACUAGCUUUCUUAAGUAGAUUUGACAAUCAAAAAGACUCUGUUGAGCAAAAGGAACAAACUAAUACCAAAGGAACUUGUUCAUGUGAUAACACAACAGAAGCAGCAGUAAAUGGAACAAAUUCUGAGACAAGAGUUUCAGAGUUAUCAGAAGAAGAAAUGUUACAGCAGGCUAUAGCAAUGUCCAUGAGUCAGGACACAUAGCAGUGAUGUCAACAGUAGUCCUUACUUUGUGCUGUUAUAGACUGGGUCUCUUCAAUUUCCGCUCAGAUCUAACUCUCUUGAAUAAAUCUAGUGAAAGAUAUUCACAUAUUGCAAUAGAGCAUAGGCUUUUAAUUAAGAAUGAUGAUGAGAAUGGGCCAGUGCCAUAGAUAUAAGCAAUAUAUAGUUCCUCUGUGCAUGUUAGGCAUGUGAAUGUUGCAAUAUUGAUCUUUGAUAUAUGUGUUCUGUAUUUUUUGUUUCUAGAUAUAUCAAAGUGUUAUCUCGAGUAUCUUUAUAACAAAAAUAAACACUAGGUUAUGAAACACUGUCUCCAAGCUCAGUGUGUUACCAUUCAGGGUAAUCAAACUGUAAUGUGAAAUCUCUCUACCUCUAGCUGAUACAGUACAAGAUUGUUUAUCAGUUAAGACGCUAUCUCCCUGCUUUACUUAAUACGUGUUCAAAUGAAAAACUAUGUGUGUUUGGUCAAAUUAAGUGUGUAUAAUAUGAUAAACUGAUAAUGGCAAAAUGUGAUUUCUGCAGAAAUCUACCAUUCUCUUUCCUGUAAUUUAUCACUUCUUUGACUAAGUUUGUUGUUGUGAAGGAUGCUAGCUCAUGGUGCUGAUAUAUUAAAUCAAAUAAGCCAAAAUAGGCUUUACUUGAGUUAUACAUCUUUGAAAUAAAAGGUAGGUUAAUGCUUUAAAAAAAAGAGUAAGAAAUAGAAAAAACGAAAGACAAAAAAGUACAUGUUGAUGCCACUUUCAAUGCUUUAAUUCAAUAAUUGAAUGACUAGUUAAAUGAAAAUGCCCUGUUGUUUGUAAAUAUGAAUGCCUACUCUAGUAUUGACGUUGAUGUCAAUUUAGCUGUUGUACAGCUAUGUCUAAAGCUAUUUACCAUUCUAAUAGAGUUGUUAUUACUUAUUUUAGAGGCCUCUCCUUUAGUAUUCUUAAAAAUAAUGAUAUUGAAAAUAACUUAAAUAUUAAUGUGGCACACAUAGCAUUUUGUGUUAUUACUAAUGUCGACCUGUAAAAUACUUGUUGUCACAGUGAUUCUACAGCAUAUUCUGAGAAAGUUGUUACAAAUUUUAAUUUCUCUAGAUAAAUGUUUCAUUUGUUUCGAACCAGUAAUGUUGCCAAAGUAAGGGACUAUAGACCUUCAGGUGCUGUAUAAGAUGUGCUAGCCUUGCAUGACCAGUGGUGACAAUACUUCAUAUAAAUUAGUUUCUCAUUGACUUAUAAAGUUCAGUGUUCUUUGUUUUCCUGUUGUAAAGUUCAAAUUGUGUAGUAAAAACUAUUGCUAUGCCAUUACAAAGUGAAAUCCAUUAAAUUAAUGAAUGAUU